UGUGGCUGGGGGUAUCAGAGGUCUCACUAUGUCUGCCAUUUUCAACUUUCAGAGCCUACUGACAGUAAUCUUGCUGCUUAUAUGUACCUGUGCCUAUAUCCGAUCCUUGGCUCCUAGCCUCUUGGACAAAAAUAAAACUGGACUGUUGGGUAUAUUUUGGAAGUGUGCCAGAAUCGGUGAACGAAAGAGUCCCUAUGUAGCAGUAUGCUGUAUAGUAAUGGCUUUCAGCAUCUUGUUCAUCCAAUAGCUAGAAAAAGCCAGAAUUUAAUUGCUGUCAAAUUUCUAUAGAUAAAGGACUUGCCUACAGAAAACAAU